UCUACUAUCAGUCCAUUUCUUUAUAGGUUUGUAAUGUUUUGAUGUAUAUUAUUUUUUUUUCUAAAAUUUUCUCACAUUAAAUUAUAUUUUGUACCUAGUUUUUGUUUAGUAUAAGCCGUUUUUUGUUUUAAGUUGAAUUUUACAAAAGCUAUUCUGAUAUGGCUGGGAGUCGUCUAGAAAAACUUGGCACUAUAUUCACGAGAGUCAAUGGUUUAAUAAAAUCAGGUGCAAUGAAAUUGGAAGAUCGUCCUCUGUGGUAUGAUGUAUAUCGAGCUUUUCCACCAGAAUCGGAACCACAUUUUGCCAAAGAUCCAGUUAAAAAGCCUGUACCUAAUAUAUUUUAUUCUGAAGAUAAAUUUCGUGCAGAUUUUCAUAAAAAAUUGCGCCAGUCGUUACCGCCUAUUGAUUUAAAAGGAAUACCCGACAAAAAUCCAACUAAACUUGCUGUAGAAAUGUCAUUAGAUGGUGUAGAUGACAUUAUAAAUACAUUAAGAAAUAAAAGUAUUUUGCCACCACCAUACAACCCUCAACAAGCAGAAAGUAGAGGAUAUCAAAAUAUAUCUGGAGUUAAAAAUAUAAGAAAAGAGUCAAAUAUUGCAGAUGAAUUUAAAAAACAAAUGACAGAAGAUGAAAUUAAAUCUAUUAAUACGGAAAAUACAAAAAGUUAAUAAUUUGUUAUAUCGUUCUUUAGACGAUAAGUUUUAGUCUGUUUGUUUCUUUAUUAUUUAAAACAAAAAAAUAUCUGGCAUGUUCAUUAAUUAAAAACAGUAAAUUUUCAUAAUAACAUGUUCUAAAUAUAUUUUCCAUUGUAUUAAUAUAUAUAUUAACAGAAAGUA